AUGAUGAAGACGAUGGCGAUGAAGAUGACGACGGUGACGAAGGCUCUCCUCCUCGCCCUCGCGUUGGCCGUGGCCUGCGCCGACGUCGACCCCGCCCAGAUCUCGGGGCCCUGGCGCACCUUCGCCAUUGCCGCCGACAACCUGGAACAGGUCCAGGAAGGGGGGCCGCACCGCAUGCUGCUCCGCCAUAUUGAGUGCCAGGAGGACUGCAACGCCCUGAACGUCUUCUUCUAUGUCAGGAAGAACAGGGUCUGCACUCCACACACGGUCGUGGCCCGGAAGAACGCAGACGGCAUCUACACUGCUGACUUCGAGGGCCAGAACUACUUCCAGCUCGUGGGGAGGGACCCCGACAGCCUUAUCGUCAUCAACAAUAACGUGAGGCCCGACGGCACCGCCACCCGCGUCAGCUUCCUUUUUGUGAGAGCGCCAUUCACAGACAACGAGUCGCUGGGGCGCUACACGGAGCUCACAGAGCAGUACGGGAUCCCGCGGGAGAAUAUCCUGCGCGUGGCCGACACGGACACCUGCCCACCCUGA